UUACACAGGAUCUGAGGCUGGCUUAUGCACAUCAACUAUUCUUCUUCAUCUUCCUCCUCCUUUUCUUCAUUUUACCAAGAAAAUUCUAAUCUUGAAAGAUUGAUUGUUCUUGCUCCAGGCUGUGUUCCACAAACUAUGUCAUCUUUUCUUUUAGGUGAUGCCAAAUCAAACCUCUGUCACUGAAUUUUUCCUCCUGGGAGUGACCGACAUACAGGAACCACAACCUUUUCUCUUUGCUGUCUUUAUCACCAUCUACUUUGUCAAUAUAACUGGGAAUGGAGCCAUCCUGAUGAUCGUUAUUUCAGAUCCAAGACUCCACUUACCUAUGUACUUUUUCCUGGGAAACCUAGCAUGUCUAGAUAUUUGCUACUCCACUGUGACAGUGCCGAAGAUGCUGGAGAACUUCCUCUCCACAAGUAAAGCAAUUUCCUUUCUGGGAUGCAUAACUCAGCUUCAUUUCUUCCACUUUCUGGGCACCACAGAGUCCCUGCUGCUGGCAGUGAUGGCAUUUGAUCGCUUUGUGGCAAUCUGUAAACCACUUCACUAUUUUGUCAUCAUGAAUCGCCAGCUCUGUAUCCUAAUGGCUGUCAUCAUCUGGACCAUUGCUUUUCUCCAUGCUCUGCUUCACUCUGUAAUGACAUCUCGUUUGAGUUUCUGUGGUUCCAACCAUAUUCAUCAUUUCUUCUGUGAUGUUAAGCCAUUGCUGGAACUGGCCUGUGGAGACACCAAGCUCAACCUUUGGCUGCUCAACACUGUAACAGGCACCAUUGCCUCAGUCCCCUUUUUUCUGACAUUUCUCUCCUAUUUCUAUAUUAUCACCUAUCUUUUCCUCAAGACCCGUUCUUGCAGCAUGCUCCACAAAGCACUGUCCACUUGUGCUUCUCACUUCAUGGUUGUCAUUCUUUUCUAUGCUCCUGUUAUCUUCACCUACAUCCGUCCCUCCUCAGGCAGCUCUCUGGAUCAGGACCGGGUCAUUGCCAUCAUGUACAGUGUGGUCACUCCUGCUCUCAAUCCACUCAUCUACACCUUGAGAAACAAGGAAGUGAGGGGUGCAUUGAAUAGGAAGAUGAGAAGAUGGCUCCAACUUGAAGAGAUCUGAAGAACUCUUCUGAGGCAUAAAUAACCAAGCAAUGAGAAAUUAAGAUAUAUUCUUAUGUAUAAUAGAUGUACACAUAUAUAACUGAACAAGUUGAGUAAUGGAAAAUAUAUGGGAAAAUAUGAUCUAGUGGUAUUAAACUAUUAAGUAAGGGAAACUUGAACUUGUGGAGCUCUAAUCAUAGAAUCUGUUUCUCGAAUUUGCUUUUGGCAUAUUAGUCGGUAACUUUGACUUGUGACAUACUCUAAUGUGACUUGUAUGUAACUGGUUAUAGAAAAAUGUGUAUACUACCCGUGUUUAGGAUAAAUAUUAGUACUUAUGACUGUUUAU